AUGUCAUACACUCUAUCUAUUAUUGCAUUUGGAUUUUCAUACUAUGAGAUUGCUACAUUUUGUUUAGUUAUCGUACUCAAAUAUAUUCUGGGUUCACUUUCUUGGGCAGGUUUUCCAUUUCCUUUAUACUUAUGCCGUUACGGUAGAUAUAAGCUCCUUCAUGAGUUUGCCCAAGUAUUUCAGGACAAGGUCAUUGUUACCACCAAGCACAAUGAUGAUGAGCAGUAUGUGUGGGAGCCGCUUCGAUUCAAUGUUUAUGGUAUGUGGAGUGAUGAAUGA